AGUCAGGAUUAGCUCAUGGGAUGGGCUGAUGAAAUCCCAGGAAAUUCGGUUCUUUAUUGGCUCUAGGCCCAGGGGUUUGUUUCCAAACAGCAAAGGGUCUACACAGGGCUCUUGUUCUAAGAGGGGGAAAUGCCCCCUGGAGGGCCCGCUCUCCAACCACUCUUGAUGGAGAACAAUUUGAAAGGGACUGGGCCCUCCCAUCUUCAGCUGGAGAGGAAGUGGAGGCUGCCUUUAUCUGGGAGGAGUCUGGAGUUUUCUCAUAAAUAGAGGGUCCUGGAAAACUUGAGCGUCUGAUCCAGAAGAGCUAUAGAGUGGUAAACAGCUGGAAGAGGACUCGGGGACCUGGGCAGGCUCCUCUCUGCGACGGACCUUCAGCUUCCUCCUGGGCAUGACAGGCAGGGACAAGACCCGGGAAAAGGAGAAGAUGAAGGAAGCUAAAGAUGCCCGCUAUACCAACGGCCACCUCUUCACCACCAUCUCCGUCUCAGGCAUGACUAUGUGCUAUGCCUGUAACAAGAGCAUCACAGCCAAGGAAGCCCUCAUUUGUCCCACAUGCAACGUGACCAUCCACAACCGCUGUAAAGACACCCUGGCCAACUGUACCAAGGUCAAGCAGAAGCAACAGAAAGCUGCAUUGCUGAGGAACAACACUGCCUUGCAGUCCGUUUCUCUCCGAACAACCACCAGAGAGCGGCCAACGUCUGCCAUCUACCCUUCUGAUAGCUUCCGGCAGUCCCUCCUGGGUUCUCGUCGUGGCCUCUCCUCCUUGUCUUUGGCCAAAAGUGUUUCCACUACCAACAUUGCUGGACAUUUCAAUGAUGAGUCUCCUCUGGGGCUGCGUCAGAUCCUCUCCCAGUCCACAGACUCCCUCAACAUGCGGAACCGGACACUGUCUGUGGAAUCCCUUAUUGAUGAAGGUGUAGAGGUAUUCUACAAUGAGCUGAUGAGUGACUUUGAGAUGGAUGAGAAGGACUUCGAGGCAGAUUCGUGGAGCCUUGCCGUGGAUAGCAGCUUCCUGCAGCAACAUAAAAAGGAGGUGAUGAAGAAGCAAGAUGUCAUCUAUGAGCUGAUCCAGACAGAGCUGCACCAUGUGAGAACCUUGAAGAUUAUGACCCGCCUCUUUCGCACUGGGAUGCUGGAAGAGUUGCAACUGGAGCCAGAAGUGGUCCAGGGCCUAUUCCCCUGUGUGGAUGAGCUUAGUGACAUUCACACACGUUUCCUUAGUCAGCUUUUGGAACGGCGGCGCCAGGCCCUAUGUCCAGGCAGCACCCGGAACUUUGUCAUCCAUCGUUUGGGUGACUUGCUCAUCAGUCAGUUCUCAGGUUCCAAUGCUGAGCAGAUGCGCAAGACCUACUCAGAGUUCUGCAGCCGCCACACCAAGGCCUUAAAGCUCUAUAAGGAGCUGUACGCUCGAGACAAGCGCUUCCAACAGUUCAUCCGGAAAAUGACCCGCUCGGCUGUGUUGAAGCGGCACGGGGUCCAGGAGUGCAUUCUCCUGGUGACUCAGCGGAUCACCAAAUACCCAGUGCUCAUCAACCGGAUCCUGCAGAAUUCCCAUGGGAUUGAAGAAGAGUACCAAGACUUGGCCGCGGCCCUAGGACUAGUGAAGGAGUUGUUGUCCAAUGUGGACCAGGAUGUGCACGAGCUGGAGAAAGAGGCCCGCCUGCAGGAGAUUUACAAUCGAAUGGAUCCUCGGGCUCAGACCCCUGUGCCAGGCAAGGGCCCCUUUGGCCGAGAUGAACUUUUGCGGAGAAAACUUAUCCACGAUGGCUGCCUGCUCUGGAAGACAGCCACCGGCCGCUUUAAAGAUGUCCUGUUACUGCUAAUGACAGAUGUGCUGGUGUUUCUCCAGGAAAAGGACCAGAAAUACAUUUUCACGUCCCUGGACAAGCCCUCAGUGGUAUCCUUGCAGAAUCUCAUCGUAAGAGACAUUGCCAACCAGGCAAAAGGGAUGUUUCUGAUUAGUUCUGGCCCACCUGAAAUGUAUGAGGUGCACGCAGCAUCCCGAGAUGACCGCACUACCUGGAUCCGUGUCAUCCAGCAGAGUGUGCGCCUAUGCCCGUCUAGGGAGGACUUCCCUCUGAUCGAGACAGAGGAUAAGGCGUACCUCCGGAGGAUCAAGACAAAAUUGCAGCAGAAAAACCAGGCACUGGUGGAACUACUACAGAAGAACGUUGAGCUGUUUGCUGAGAUGGUCCACUUCCAGGCGUUAAAAGCUGGUUUCAUUGAAAUGCCCCCACCUGCCCUGCCCAGGGGCCUUUUCCGUCUUGAAUCCUUUGAGUCCCUUCGAGGCGAGCGUCUGCUGAAAGAUGCCCUCCGUGAAGUGGAAAGCCUGAAAGACCUGCUGUUGGGCCCUUGUGUGGACCUGCCUGUGACAUCCCGAGAGCCAGCCUUACCCUUAGAAUCUGACAGUGGUAGCUGUCCUGGGGUCACUGCCAAUGGAGAGGCCAGAACCUUCAAUGGCUCCAUUGAGCUCUGUAGAGCAGACUCAGAUUCCAGCCAGAAGGAUCGGAAUGGAAAUCAGUUGAGGUCACCACAGGAGGAGGUGUUACAGCCAUUGGUCAAUCUUUAUGGACUUCUACAUGGCCUGCAGGCUGUUGUGGUCCAGCAGGAAAGAUUGAUGGAAGCCCUGUUUCCUGAGGGCCCUGAACGGUGGGAAAAGCUAUCCCGAGCCAACUCUCGGGAUGGUGAAGCUGGUCGGGCUGCCGUUGCUUCUGUAACUCCUGAGAAGCAGGCCACGGAGCUGGCAUUACUGCAGAGACAACACACCCUGUUGCAGGAAGAGCUGCGGCGCUGCCAGCGGCUCGGGGAAGAGCGGGCAACUGAAGCUGGAAGCCUGGAGGCCAGGCUCAGAGAGAGCGAGCAAGCCCGGGCCCUGCUGGAGCGUGAGGCUGAAGAGAUCCGCAGACAGUUGGCAGCCUUGGGCCAAAACGAGCCACUCCCAGCAGAAGCACCCUGGGCUCGCAGGCCUCUGGACCCCCGGCGCCGCAGCCUUCCAGCGGGCGAUGCUCUAUACUUGAGCUUCAAUCCCCCCCAGCCCAGUCGAGGCCAUGAUCGCCUGGAUUUGCCUGUGACUGUUCGUUCCCUCCACCGACCCUUUGAUGACCGAGAGGCACAAGAACUUGGUAGUCCAGAGGAUCGACUGCAGGACAGCAGUGACCCUGAUACUGGUAGUGAGGAGGAAGUCAGUAGCCGCCUGUCUCCACCCCACAGUCCACGAGACUUCACCCGAAUGCAGGACAUUCCUGAAGAGACUGAAAGCCGAGAUGGGGAGCCUACGGCCUCAGAGAGCUAAGGGGAUACUUUCCCCCUGCCUGGUGCCCCACUGAAGAACAUAGUAAAGGGGGCAAACCUUGAGAGAACUGCUGACUGUCCUUGCCAGUUCCUGAGAUCCCUGGAUACCUAGGGGCCAUGGGGACUUGGGGACUUAGAAGUCACUGCACUCCUGGUGUCUGCCAGCAGCCACACCACAGAUGCCGAUUUUCAUGCCUUCUCCCCCCCACUUAGGAAAAAUUAUUUAUUUAUUGGUUAUUGGUUACGGGGGGGGGGAGUAAUUUAAAGGGCCAGGUGGACAUGGGAACCAAGCCAUAUGUAUCGGAGGGCCUCUCCUGUAAUACCACUGGGAUAUGUUUGGCCUUAGCCAUCCAGCCUAACAUCCACCCCAGUGACACCCAUCUGUGGCCACAGAACCUACUGCCCCUUUAAGGAGGGCUGUCGGUAGGACCAUGUCCCUUUUUCCACCCCCUUAGCCUCUUUCUGCUGGUCUCAUUUCUCUUCAUCCUCCAUGGAAAUCUGGCUCCUUGGAGUUGAUGGAGCAGAGGCUAGGGUGGCCAUCAUGUAUUGGGGUGGGGAAGGAAGAAUCUACAGCGACCAGAAUGUUUUGGUUUUAUUUUUAUUUUGUUUUUGUUUUUUUGUUUUGUACCAAAGCCAGCUGCACCUGUUUUAUAUUUUUAAAAGAAGAUUGUAGGCACUUCUAGCUCCAUGUCUUUGAACCCAAGAAAUUAGGGAGAGCGUGACUUAUUUCAUCGACAGUCAGGGGCUCCUAUUAGGAACUUUUCCUCAGCCAUUUGAAGGAAGCUCCAAGGUGGGUUGGGAAACCUCUACAAACCCUCACCUUAUCUCCACCGUGGUGACUGCCUUUGAAAUGUAAGCAAGAAGUGGGGGAGGGGUUUUUUUUUUUUUCAUUGCAACCCUAAUGUCCACCAGCGAUAGCCAUUUGUCUGCCAAUUUAAUUGUUAAAAAACAAAACAAACAGUAACAGCCAAGAAAAGAAAGAAAGAAAAAGCUCAAGCAGGGAAAAAUUAAAGACCUGAAACGCAUGAGGUGCUGUCUUAGUGCCCGUUCUGAGGACUGCGGUGGUGCCGGCAGCCAGGCAGUGACCACGGUUUCUGAAAGGGGGCUGUCACUACCUCACUGAAGAGGGCAUGAAUGGAUGCAGCUGCUCAAAGUUAUUAAAAAUCUCAAAAUUG